UGCAGCCAACUUCACUUCAACGCGUUCGGAUAAUUUUCAGGAACAACCAUUUAUUUAUUCGCAACAAAUUGCGAAAAAUUAAAGAGUGCGGUUAAUUUGCGCGUGCACGGUGCUAACCAACAUUCAGACAUUGUUGUCUGCCUUUUGCGUUCCAUCCUUCUUUGGUAUUUUUCCCGUAUUCUUAUUUUUCGCACCGCCAGCUUUCCUGUGGUGCACUGGUGUGAGUAAGUGUGCGUGUUUCUGCCGCCAAUCCAAAGCUGAAGCAGAAAAAUGGAUGUGGCGAAGCUGGAGAAGAUGAAGGUGGUGGACUUGCGCAACGAGCUCCAGUCGCGCGGUCUGGACACCAAGGGAGUUAAAGCCGUGCUAAUCGAGCGCCUGCGGGCCCAUGUGGAAGGUGGAGCCGGCGAUGGAGAUGGCGCUCCUGUCACACCAAGCCGACGCCAGCGUCGUACGCGCUCAAUGUCCCGCUCACCGUCGCCCGUAGCAGCUGCUCCGGUCGCUGUUGAGCCUAUACUCGACACUCUAGAAGAAGAGGAGCCGCCGGUCCAGACUGAGCAAUUGGCCCCAGACGCAGAGCCUGAGCCUGAAUCACAGCCGGAACCUGAACCUGAAGAGGAACCAGAGCAGGAGGCGGAAGACACAUCAGAUACAGAGGUUGGAAAUGAUGAGCCACAGCCUCAGGCCGAAGAGUCUGACGAAAAAACAGAAAUAGAGGAAAAGAUCGAUUCCGUCGAGAAGGACGAAGCUCCAGCCGCAGCCGAAAUAAAGCAAGAUGACGAUGAGCCGAUGGAGGAAGUCAAGGAUGCGGCCAACGAAGACGAAGCAGAGGCGAAGCCGGCCGAGCACAACGAAGAAGAAACAGCUGUAAAAAUGGCGGAAGAGCCCCAGGAAAAUGGAGACAGCCAGAAAAUGGACGUUGACGACGAGUCCACUGUUCAAAAGACAACCGAAGAUGCCGAGGCCACUGCAGCCAAGUCCGAGGAUCAGCAUCAGGAGCGACGUAAGCGUUCGCACAGUCGUUCUCGUUCCCGUAGCGGUUCCCGCUCCCCAAAACACCGCAGCAGUGUGAGCGACAAGCGCGACUCCAAGGCAGUUGCUGAGGAGCGCACCGUGCCCGAGGACGAGCCCACCAUUGAGGAGAACAAAGUGGGACUAAGCUGGUUGGAUUCCGACUUGCAUCUUCGUAUUGAUCCAACAACCUUCGCUUCGGCCAAACCCCUAUCCACUGAGAUCUAUUCACUGAUUUGGUCUGGAGCUCGGUCUAACUUCGGAGUUCGAGAGGGCAAAGUGUGCUACGAGGUUCGCCUGGCAGAGGAGGUACAAUCGGAGAACUCCCACUACUUUCGGGAUGAACCGCAUGUGCGAGGCUUUCGUGUUGGCUUCUCCAAGCCGCAAAGCACUCUGUUGCUGGGUGAGGCAGAACAUUCCUUUGGCUACUGCGAAACCGGUCGUAAGGCUAACCAAGGUGAGUUCUCGGACUACGGCAAGCCUUACAAGCUAGAUGAUGUAAUCGGUUGCUACCUGGACUUGGAGAGUGAGCCAUGCACUAUUAAGUACACUCUGAACGGUGAGGAUCUGGGUGUUGCGUUUGAGUUCGAGAAGAGCAUCUUGGGUGAGGAGGAAGCUCUCUUCCCUCACAUUGUGACCAAGGGCUACGAGUACUCUGUAAACUUCUCGGAUAACGAGCAAUUGCUUGUGAAUGCCGAGAGGCCGACCCGUAAGCGCCGCAAGCCACGCAAGGAAGAGGAUAAGGACGAUGACAAGGACGACAACGAUGGAGAGAAGUGGAAGGUUCUGGACGAGGCUACCGCCGACGACGACGAGUUGGAGAAAAAGGAUGAAGAAGAUGGCAAAACAAACUCUGAACAGGCCGAUGAAGCUGAAAAUUCGGAGACAGCCAAAGAGGCAGAGAAGCAGAGUGGUGAAACAGCUGCCGAAGACAAAGCAGAGGCUGAAGCUGCCAAGCCGAGUGAAACCUCUGAAGCUGUUGAAGCGUCUGCAACUGAUGAAGCCUCUGGCGAAGCUGAAACUGUUGCCAAUGGCAAUGCCACCGCUGAAAAGGUGAAUGACGAGAAAGCAAGGGAGGAGCAGAAACCGUCGACUGCCAACGAGGAAGAGGAGGACGAGGAUGGUCCGUCACCUAACAAGCGUCCCAAAACCGAUGAAGAUUCGGAGAAGGGUGAAUCUGAGAAGGACAAGGAGAAGUCCCAAGCGCACACCGAUGAAGAUGAAUACGAGGACGUUGCGCCCGAGCCAAGGGAAACUGCUGCAUUAUUGGACGGCUAUGUGCUGGUGGGACUGGUGUCAAUAGAACAGCUAAGACCAGGACCCCAACGCGCCGGGUCGCGCAAAGAGUGUGAGGUCAUUCUAUUGGUCGGCUUGCCUGGCUCUGGAAAGACCCACUGGGCACUCAAGCAUGUGGCUGAGAACGUGGACAAGCGCUACGAUUUGAUUGGCCCCGAUGCGUUCAUUGCCAAGAUGACGAUUGACGGUGCAUCUCGCAAAACUGUACACAAAGGACGUUGGGAUAAGGUGUAUGAGACAUGCUUGAACAGUCUAGCAGCUCUGGAAGACAUUGCCAUGAAGCGUCGUCGCAAUUUCAUACUCGAUCAGACCAAUGUGUAUGCCUCGGCCCAGCGACGUAAAAUGAAGGGUUUCAACGACUUUAAGCGCAUUGCGGUUGUUUGCAUACCCAGCGAAGAUGAGUUAAAACGUCGCAUCGCCGAUAAAGAGGAAAAGGGAAAUGCUUUUACAGUUAAAGAGUCAACAAUUAAUAACUUACGAGCCAAUUUCACAUUGCCCUCGCUGGAGUUUGGCUGGUUUGAUGACAUAAACUACACUGAGCUGACCGGAGACGAGGCCAAGAGCGAGGUAAAGAAGUACAACGAGAAGGGCAAGAAGGCCAUCGAUGCGGAAAGGUCUCGGGACAAGCGAUCCCGGGGUGGCCGGGACAACUAUCGACGUGAUGAUCGAAACCGGAAUCGGUACAACGAUGACCGUCGUCGUGAUUAUGGUGGCCAGAGGCACGAGAGCAGGUGGAGUGAUGCUAGGCGUGGUGGCGGCGGUGGCGGUAGCUACUCUAGCAACAGUGGUGCUGGCGGAGGUGGCAGUCGGGGAUACGAUAAUCGUCGAAGCUACAGCGGAAGCAGCGGUGGACAGCAAAAUUGGAUGCAGAACAGUCGCAGAAGCGGAUAUGAUGAUCGUGGCUAUGGCGGAGGCAGCGGGGGUGGCGGAAAUCGUGGAUACGAUAAUCGCAAUCGCGGCUACGGUGGCAGUAGCGGUGGCGGUGGCCAGCAAAACUGGAUGCAGAACAACCGCAACAGGAGCGGGUAUGACGAUCGGAGUUACGGAAGUUCCCGAGACUAUCGUGAUCGAGACCGCGGCAAUGAUCGCAGUCGAAUGGGCAGUAACGACAGAAAUCGGGGCAGUAGCCAAAGCAGCAGCUAUCGCUCGGGUGGCGGAACUCAUCAACAACGGGAUUUUCGGCCUGGCCACCGCGACACCAAAGAAGAUAGUCGCGGUGGCUAUGAGCGGUCAGCUGGCCAAUCGCUGCCCAAGUACGGAAAUAACUCGGCUGCAGGUGGUGGCUACGAUCAAUACAAACAGCAGUCGGGUGGAGCACCCGGCGGAGGCAAGGCCUCUCUCAGCGGCAAGUGGAGCACCUACACGCAGCACCAGCAGCAGACGCCGCAGCAUCAACAGACCGGUGUCUGGCAGACGCAGCAGCAGUCACAACAGUACCAACAGCAGCAUCAGCAGCAGACCGCAGGCCAGCAACAACAAUACUGGGGAUACAAUCAAAUGGCUGCUGGUUAUGGCAACCAACAGCAACAGACCUGGCAGAGCGCCGCCGAUCCGCAGCAGCAGCAACAGCAAUGGAUGUCCUGGUGGCAGCAACAGCAGCAGGGCUCGGGCGGAGCAGCGGCCAAUAAUGCCAGUGGUGGAGCCGGCGUCCAUGUAGGUGGCGGCGCCGCUGGCAAUAAUGAUGGCGGUGCCACCAAUCAUUAUUGGUCUCAAUAUUCAUACUCCACACAGUCCAAUCCGGGCGACAAGAAGUAGAGAAGUCCCCAGUUUCACCAACCAGCAGCCGAACAUCCUCCAGCAAGGAGGAGCAAACCACAAAAAACUAAACUUCAAAAAAUAGAUUUUAAAGAUUAACAAAAACGUAAAAACAAAAUUAACUUAGUUUAGCCAGUUUUAGGCCAAUCCAAUCCAAAACACUACGAGGGUCGCCAAAACAAACUGCAUAAGACAGCAAUGAAGCCGAGCUAUUUCUUUAUAAACUGAAACUGCAUCCACACCCACUGGCGGACGACUGUCAUAUUUCUAUCUUUCGCAUUUUCUUUCGACAAAGCAAUAACAUGAAACUUGGUCUAUCAUUCGGCAUUACGCGUAUCAAGGCAGUACAAUUUGUUUUAACGUUUAAUUAUGAUUAAUUGUUUUAUUAUUUACAAACAAAAAACGCAAAACAAUUGGAAGGCAACAAUUAGAGAAGAAGCAUUAACAAAUAAAUCUAUACAUUGAAAAACAAUAA